GGAAGACAGGGACCCGUGUUGCAGGAAGAUCAGUUUACUUGUUAAUACGUCUUCCCAAAUCGAAUCUGUCUCAUCUGUAAGAAGCUAGCCUGGAGAGAGGGCUGAGAGGUGCUCCUCUGCGCGAGCUGAAGCACAUACUUGAUAUGGCUGGCUGGUUUUUUCAGCUACUAAGUCUACCCCUCUUCUUUCUCUAUCUUGUUCUUUUCUAAAUGUCUAAUAUGAUACAUAAACCCUCAAUCCUGCGGACUGAUGUUGUGGAAGCAUCUCUGAGCGUCGAGUGUUAGUGAAGUCGGAGACCGAUGAGGAGGAAUCAACAUACUUAUCCUCUGCCAAAAAUUCGAGCCCUGGGACGCAGUCGAGCAGGACGAUGAUCGCGAGCGAGCCGAAGAAUGACCAUGUGAAGCCAAUCAAUGCCUCAACGAUCUGAAUCCCCAAUUGCCGGACAUUGCCAUCGAAAAAGACACCACCAUCAACUUCUGCACCACCGUACGCCGCCACCGUUUUCUGUGCGAAAAGACCUGUGCAGAUAGUCCCGAGAAACCCUCCGACGCAGUGUGUUGCAAAUGUAUCCCCGUUGUCGACCCACCUCCAUCUUCUGGCAAAGUCUGUGAACUUGAUCCGGAGAGCCUGGCGGCAGACGACCGCUCCAAGGAUGCCGAAGCACAACGCAGUGGGAAGGUCAAUAAAGCCCGCCGCUGGGGUGAUCAUGACAAGUCCUGCAAUAGCUCCCAUGAAGGUGCUAUCCAACGACCAUUUACCAGUCUCAAUAUAUGUGAUAGUGGCCCAAGUCAAAGCACCAGCUGAUGCGCACAGAUUGGUCACACAAAGCGCCAUAACGGACUGGAAGUUCAAGCUCAGCGUAGUGCCAGCAUCGAAAGCCAGCCAUGAACCCCAGAUGAUGAUCAUUGCCAGUAACUGACACAUGGAAUUGUGCGGUCGAUGCAGUCUCAGAUGAGAUGGCGUGCGGACUUCCGAUUUCCUAGACCUGGCGAUCGGAUAUGACAAGUACAGGCUGAGCGCUGAAGCAGUCGCGCCGCUGCAGAUGUGUACAGGUGUGCCACCAGCGAAGUCAAGGACUCCCAAUUCGGCAAGGAAACCACCACCCCAUACCAUAUGGGCCAGAGGGCAAUAGAUGAAAGUCGCCCAGAGCUGCAGAAGAAUUGUUAGCGCUCUCAUCGUCGAGUUGACUCUUAGGUGAACAUACAAAGAUGAAAGGAACUAACGGCAAGAUCCUCCCACGUUCACAGCUUCCUCCCACACUGAUGGCGCAGACCGUGGCCAAAAAUACGAGCUGAAACUCGCUGAACAGUAUUGCUGGAAUUGUACCAACAGGUUCUGACAGUACGUCUCGGUGAAACGCGUGAGCAAGAUUUCCGAACACUCCGCCAGGUCCAUCUCCAUAUGCAAGGGUAUAUCCGAUGAUGAACCACUGGAUCGAACAGACGGCUACUGCAUAGACUGCAGGCAUAACAGACGCAAGUCCGCUCCGUCUCGUCGAAUAUCCAGAGUAGCCGAGUCCUACGGCAGGGACAAUAGUCCAGCAAAAAACGGUACAAACGAGGAUGAAGACGGUGUCGAUUUUGUCGCAGGCCUCCCAGGCCAACUGCACUUCAGAGACCGACACCAUGGUGCAAAGUUGGCUCACGUGAGACCGUGAAGGCUGAAGACGUUUAAGCUAACUUGCAGAAACCAGCGCGUUAUAUGAACUACGAUACAAGGCCCCCGGGACGUUUAUCUACCUUAUCGCUCACAAGCAAUCUGCGACAUUAAGGCUCACAGCUCGGAAACUGGCCUAUCUUCUUACUACAAUUGGCCAAUGGAGCUCCGGAAGUUGUCAAUCGCAUGGCGGAUCUGAUCCACAACGGCUGCUGGACCACGCACGACCACACCUGACCACACCAUGCCUAUUUUGGUAUGUAGAUAGGCCUCGCACGGCCUCGAAAACGAAUCCUGUCGUUUCUCGGUACCUGCGUCACUCCGCGUGUGCUUACACACGGGUAUUGGUCAUCCCCAAGACCCAUAAAGCCAAUCAAGCAACCAGAGUCGACUUGGCUCUGACCCUCCCCCGGAAUCAGUCGAUGAUACGACCCACAGCCUCGGCUUUGGAGGAGGCCAUGCGUCCCACCAACCGUAUCUACGCCUAGCGUUGCGCCUUUGCAAAAGAUAGGCCGCGGCAACUGGUUGGCUAUAACUCCCCCAAGUCGACAGAUAGCACUAACGCAUUUAUAGCUUGGUGCUCGGCUGAUAAACAAUUCAGCUAGUCUACAAUAGGGAAAAAUAUCGCCCUGUUCGAUAUUUACCCAUCCUGUCAGCUGUUGUGCAAUUGGGGGAGGCCAUGGCCGUCUCUACGAUAAAAGGGCUCUCCGCCAUGCUCACCUUCAACCUUCAUCUUCUUGACGCAGCCACCUUUUGCGUGAACGGCUGCAGCAAGAUUGCCAAGCUUCGUCAAGGAACGCGAGGGACCAAGUCGCAGGCCUCUUUAAAAGGGUUAGGAUCCUUGCAAACGCUAGAGCUACUUCAUCUCCCGUCCUCUCCUCUCCUCUUUGGCCCCCGACUCCGCACUUUCUCUACAAUCUUUCAUCUCUCGCAGAUAUACAGCAGUCAUGGCCGUCGACGCAGAAAAGACCAUCUCCAACGAGGUGCCAGUGGAGACUGGACGACGAGUCUCACACGGAGCCGGCACAGCAGAGGACAUCCAAAUAAUCACAGAGCUAGGCUACAAGCCAGAAUUGGUUCGCAACCGAUCUAUGUUGACACUCUUGUUUCAAUCACUUGCAAUCGCCGCCAUUCCCUACGGCGAGGGUGCUCCAUUGAGUAGUGCAAUAUACGGCGGGGGCCCUCUGUCAAUCUUCGUGGGCUGGAUUAUAGUGUUGAUCCUUGACGAAUGUAUUGCGCUCUCCCUAGGUGAAUUGGCUUCAAAAUAUCCCACAUCAGCGGGGCCCUAUUACUGGUCGUACCAGGUCGCGACCAAAGGGAAGACUGCGCUCUCCUUCCUUACCGGAUGGACAUGGCUCAUUGGCAAUUGGACUAUCUCACUGUCCGUCAAUUUCGGCUUCGCAUCACUCAUUGCUGGAACUGUCGCAAUGUAUCACCCAGACUGGGUGGCUAAAGAUUGGCAAUUGCUCCUAAUUUUCUACGCUAUCUGCCUCUCGACCCUGGUCAUCUGUGCGACGAUGAACCGAAUCCUGCCCAUGGUCGACAUAUUCUGCGCGGCUUGGACUGCGCUUAGCAUUGUCGUCAUCCUCAUUGCGCUAUCUGUGAAGGCAGAUGUCGGAAGGCACAGCGCUGCAUACGCUCUCGGCCACUACGACAAAUCAUUUUCCGGAUGGGGAGGCUUCACAUUCUUUAUCGGCCUUCUGCCAGCAGCCUACACCUUCUCAGCGAUUGGGAUGAUCUCUGCGAUGGCCGAGGAAUGCUCGAACCCCGCGAUUAAGGUCCCCAAGGCUAUCAGUCUUUGCGUGCCUGUGGGUGGAUUCGCCGGCCUCUUCUUCAUCCUGCCGAUAUGCUUCACGCUCCCACCAUUGGAAGACAUCAUCGCUGCACCCUACGGACAGGCGUUACCAUACAUCUUCUACCGAGUCAUGGGCACUCCUGGAGGUGGGCUCGGCCUUAUCUUCCUGGUCCUGGUCAUCACGCUCUUCUGCAGUAUCAGUAUCACGGUCGCUGCGUCGCGCUGCACUUGGGCGUUUGCUAGAGACGACGCCAUUCCUAUGGCUCGCACAUGGGCAAAAGUCAACGACAGCCUGGGAGUUCCUCUCAACGCGCUCAUUCUCACCACGAUUGUGCAAAUGUUGCUGGGUUUGAUUUACUUGGGCUCAUCCUCGGCUUUCACGGCCUUCGUGUCCGUGGGAGUGAUUGCUUUGGCCCUGUCAUAUGCAAUCCCGAUCGCAAUCAGUGUGGCGCACCGUCGACGUGAGGUAUCGACUGCACGUUGGAAUUGUGGCCCUGUUAUCGGACCGAUUGUCAACAUUGUUGCCCUGUGCUGGAUCACAUUCGAGUUGGUUUUGUUCAGCAUGCCAACAGCGUUGCCUGUGACGGAAGUGACGAUGAACUACGCCAGUGUGGUAUUGGUUGGAUUUUUGGCGAUUGCAGCCAUCUGGUAUGCCGUGCAUGCUCGGAAGGUAUACACAGGGCCUCCAGAAUCAGACGGGAUUGCUGCAUGAGUAUGCUUUCGCAGAAUCGUGCGGGUUUCGCCACUUGGCUCUACAGGGUCUCUGAUUCGAUCUUGGUAUAUGAACAGUUUUCGGUCAGAGGUCAAUCUUGACACAUUGUGUGCGACUUCCGUUGGUCUAGCGCCGGAUGUUUGCCUGUGCCACGGUCAGCUUUGGAGGACUACAUAGACCAUGGUUAGUCACACCAAUACAUUCGUCGAGCAAAUACAG